AUGUCGCACCCCGCCCUGAACCGCUUCCUCCUGCCGAACAUGGAAUACGUCAGCUGCGUGCUCUGGGACGGGCUGUACCAUAUCACGGGCACAGAUAUCGUGCGUGCUCUUGUCUUCCGGUUCGAGGCGUUCGGCAGGCCCGUGCGCAACAUGAAGAAGUUCGAGGAGGGCGUGUUCAGUGACUUGAGGAAUCUGAAGCCGGGUGUAGAUGCAUGUCUCGAAGAGCCAAAGUCACCAUUCCUUGAACUGCUCUUCAAGUAUCAAUGCAUCCGCACGCAGAAAAAGCAAAAGGUAUUCUACUGGUUUUCCGUUCCGCACGACCGUCUCUUCCUCGACGCCCUCGAACGCGACCUGAAGCGCGAACGCCAAGGUCUCGAGACGACCACCGUGGUCACCGGGGAGCCCGCACAAUCCUUCCGAUAUACAUACGACACGAAGCGCUCGCUAUACGAGCAGUUCAGCGAUGCGCAGGGCCGCAUCGCCGGUGAGGGCGAGCUAGAGGCCGCCGUGCGCGCACACGAGCUCGAACUAGAGGGGGAGCGGGCAUCCCCCAUGUCUGUUUCCACUGCGUCCAGCCCGGGCCCUGGCGGCACGAGCGUCUCGCGGAGAGGUGGGCGUAGAAAGUGGCAGCUCUGA